AUGCGCACGCCUGCGACGCCUCUUGGCUUUGGGCUUCUGAGCUUGCUACUACGCAUAUCAACUGCCAGUCAAGUUCGCCUGGGCUCCCUUGGGGGCACCCGAGAGGACCCCGUCGACGCCUCCUUCUGGUGCGAUCGGGGAUGCUACGAAUUCGCGACGCAGCAGACGUAUCGCUCUUUCAAUGGCGCCGCUCCAAAGCUCAAAGUGCUCGUCUCCGAUGAGCGCUGUGAUGGUGGGCUCACAUUCUUGGAACCUUACGGUUGGCAAGCCUAUGGAUCUGGGGCGGCGACUUAUGACGACAAAGGCGACUUGAUUUGGAAGCCAACGCAGUGGGCUGGGGUGAGAGACAUGAAGGUACAAAGGUUUGACGAUGCCUUGUACAUGACAUUUUGGAUUCCCGACGAGGGCUCCGGCGUGGGCCACUACAUCAUGCUGGACGACACCUACAGGGUAUUUAAGGAGAUCCGCCCUGCAGGCGGCAUGCGUGGCGACGUCAAGAACCUUCUCAUCACCAGCAAUGGCACUGCCAUCCUAACCAUUGAUCCGGAGACCCGUACGCACUCUUUUCGGGCGGGCUCGACUACAAGACGCAACUACGGGAGUGUUUUCCAGGAGAUUGAUCUUCACUCGGACAAGCUCAUCUUCGAAUGGCAUGCCAUGGAUCAUUUGAAUGCCAGCGAGAGUAUAAUCGACAGCAAGGGCUCUUGUCGCUCAGGACGACAUGCCAGCGACGAUAUGAACCCGUUCUCCAUCGUCGCCAUGGACAAGAACCCUGAGAGCGGUGCCUAUCUCAUUUCAUCGCCGUGCACCCGCACAAUCUCGAGCGUGAGCGCGGAAGAUGGCCACCUUCAAUGGCAGCUAGGAGGCGCCCACAACAGCUUCAGCGGCCUCUCCGAUGAUUUAGCAACGGCGCUUGCCGUGCACCAGCACGCAAGCUGGGACACUCUUGGCGACAGUGCAUACCCAACGCUCUCCAUUCUUAGCGGUGGUCGGGGGGUCAUUGUGCGGCUUGACUUGGGAGAGAUGGCGGUCGUAUCGGCAUCGGUGCCGCAAGGCCGGACACAACCCUUGUCCACAUACGGCGAUGCGAGCCCCGCGCAGGUUCUCCCCAAUGGAAAUGUCCUGCUUUCUGGGGGCGUAAAUUUGGGCUUUACCGAGUAUUCCCGGGACGGAAAGCAGCUCUGCGAAAUGCGUCUUGAUCAUACUCGAGGGUCGACCCGGAAAGGCCGCGGCCGGGAACACCGAGCCUCAAAGUUCCCCUGGGUCGGUCGACCGCAUACCAAGCCUUCAAUAGUGGUUCGACCGGAGACAGGCGGUGAUGAACUGGGCGGCAGUUUAUAUGUGAGUUGGAAUGGGGCAACCGAAGUGGGUGCCUGGGUGCUCCAAAGCGGACCAAGCGCGGAUGGCAAUGCGUUCAUCAACCAUUGCACCGUCGAGCGCCACGGCUUCGAAACCAGGAUUCCCCUGCCGCUAAACUCAGAAAAUCACCUGCGCGUGCUUGCACUGGACAAAGACAGGCGCUUCAUUGGGACUUCGGACAGUGUGCCGAGGCAAGGAUAG